AUGGAAAGAGUAUUAAAUAAAUGUUGGAUGGUUAUUGGUCUUAAAGAUUAUAAUGUUGAGUGUUUUAAAUUUGCUGCAAAGUGGGAUAUGAUUGUGAAUGAAAAGGAUGAAAAAUUUAAACUUUCAACAUUUUCUUGGAAUGAUAAUGAUGUCUUUGGAUGUGGUUUAGUUUACCCCCCAACUAAUAAAAUAACAGAGGAAUUUCCUUAUAUUUUUUUUACCCAAAAUGGAAAACAAAUUGGAAAAGCUUUACUAUUAAAGGAUAAUUCUGAUUGUUACCAGCCAUAUGUUGUAUUGAAAUGUUGUUCUGUAGAAACAAACUUUGGAAAUAAUUUGGAGACAAAUCCUUUUAUUUACGAUAUUUCUAAACAUUUUAUUUUGAAAGAAUUUUAUUGA